UGAGAUAUUUGAUAUAACAACGCGAGUUGGAACCCUAAAUUUCUGAAGAUCACAUUUUAACGUUGUUGAGUUUUAUUGUAUGAGACAGAGUUUUCAGUAAGACCUUUUUUUUCUUCUCGUGGUGUUAGAUUCUGUAAGACGGUUUAAAGGCAAUGAAGUAGGUAAAAAUAAUACUCGUCUAAAAUUAUCGAAACAAAGCAGAAGGUAAAGCGAAGACAGUGGACGAUUGCAAAGCGCCGCAAUAGAAUAGAAGACACACAAAAACCUUAACCUCAGUUCCAUAAGAUACUCCCAUUGCAGCAAUGGCCAAGGGUGAUGACUCUGUCAUGAGAAAGCAGAACAAAAAGCUUAGAAAAAAACAAAACAGCAAGAAUGACUCCUCCGCCGUCUCUGCUAAGAUUGCCGCUGUUAUCGCCGCCAAGAAGCGCCGUAAGGCCGGCAAACGCCGCAUUUGCGAGGGAAUGUGCUUUAGUUUACCUACUCCAGAUGAUCCAUUCAAUGAUAGACACGGGAAAGCAGAAUUCAAAAAAAAGGAUCCUGAAAAGAAAACACCUUUCCAAAAAGAGAAGACAACUUCUGUUAAAGAGAAGACUGCACCCAGCAAGAAACUUACAGUUGGUGGAAGUAUCUCACCGAAAUCAAAACAACUAACACGAAAUGAGGCUGUCGCUGUGAAUCAGAUGGCUGAACUUUGCUGUGAUCAACAACAGCAUGAUGAUGAAAUUUCAGACUUCCCUUCCAAAUUUGUUUUUUGGUGUCUGAGUGCAAUUGAAAAUGCACUCCGACAUGGUGAUGCCUACACUGAUGGAGAGGGUAACUCUUUCUUUUUAAACUCGUGGGGAUUAGAAUUUUCAAAGUGUUUUUCUACUGGUAAAGAUUUGAUGGAGACCAGCGGAACAUUUGCUACUACUGAGCAAAUUGCAUGGAUGAUUUCUGGGGCAGCUGAUGAUUUUGUUAGAAAAGAGAAACAAGGCAUAUCAUUAGACUGUCCCUUUCUUUUGUUCCUUGUUCCUUCUGAAAAAAAAGCUGGCCAGGUUCGAACAGUAUGCAAGCCUUUGAAAUCUUUAGGAAUACAUACAGUGAGUAUUCAUCCUGGUGCUUCCUUAGAUCAUCAGAUUCAAGGUCUGAAAAGUUGUGAGCCGGAAUUUCUCAUUGCUACUCCAGAGAGGCUCUUGGAGCUUGUUUCCAUGAAGGCCAUUGAUAUUUCUGGUGUCUCUAUGCUGGUUAUUGAUGGCAUUGAUGCUAUUUGUAGUGCUGGCCACGCUGAUGCAAUAAAAUCCAUCAAGAACGUUAUUUCUGGCAAUCCCCGGCUUGUGAUUUUCAAUGAUAGCUUCAACCAUACAGUUAUCCCAGUGGUUCGGCAUCUUCUGACAGGAUCUAUUUGUAGACUAUCUCUUAAUAAUUCAUUCGCCAGCCUAAGUUCAUGCAUUGUCCAGUCUGUUCAAGCGUGUACAUCUGAAGAAGAUAAAGUUCCUAAGAGCAUUGAAAUCCUGUGUCAAUUUUGGAGCAGCCAUACUCGUAGUUCAAACCUUCUAUAUAUUUUAAGGAAGGAUGUCAAGUGCCAUAAAUUGGUCAAGACUCUCAAAUCCAUGGGUUGUUGUUCCAUGCCACUUGGUUCUGAUGCAGUUAAUAUUAAUGAUAGUGUGGAUUCAAACAGGAGAUUGGUUUCGAUGAUUGAUUUGGAGGAUGUCGUUAAGGUGGAUAUUGGGAUGUAUGAUAUAAUAGUGCUACCUAGUUUUGUACCCUCUAUGGACACUUACGUUCAUAUUUUGACAAAUAUGGCCCGCCAAAGUGUCAAUGGUGUUUUGUAUGGUUUCUUAACAAAAAGAGAUACAGAACUUGCUGGACCACUCAUAUCAAUUCUUGAACAAUGUGGGCAGGAAGUGCCUGACACCCUGCAAAAUCUGCAUCAGGAAUCAAACAUGUUGGAAGAUUGAAUGUUGAAGAAGGUCCUUUGUCAUCAUUUUUGUUCCGUUCAUUCCAUAUUGGCAGCUGUUGUGAGUUGUGACAAAUUCAAUGUUUGGAACUAUGAAUGAGAUGAUGAUUGGUGUGCUAAUUCCAAUUUGGAAACAUUGCAUCCCAUAAAGACUCCCAUUCAGAAAAUUUUGUAAUAUUUUUUUUAGCUUGUUUCGAAUAUUAUAUUUUUCUGUAGCAAGGACAGCAAAAUUUGGCUACAAAAGUUAUGUUAACUUUUAACUUUCAAUGCAGGCAAGUUAGAGAAGUUUUGCAUCA